AUGGCACCUCCUCGUUACUCCAACCAGUCCUUGAAUGGACCCUACCACAUCCAACAGAACCACCUCCAGUCGCACGGUGCCUCCCAUCAGCAUGGUGCCCUUCCUCCCCCAACCCACUUGGGCACACCUUCCUUCGGCGCCGGAGGGUCUUCCAACGCGAGCCCUUUUGCCCUUGCGGGAAACCUCAACAAUGGCUUCGAUCGCAGCAUGCUAGACACGGGUAUCUUGCAAGGCCAGAUGGGUCAAAUGGGUUUCCCUCGUGGCGGCCCGGUUCAAGCGCAUCAAGGCUACGACGCUCUUGGUGGAGGACUUGACAAUAAAGACGAUGCCCGAAUUCGAAAUGUCUGGAAACACAACCUGAAGGAAGAGAUGGCCACUUUGAGGCAGCUGGUCGAUGAUUAUCCUUAUAUUGCUAUGGAUACUGAAUUUCCGGGUAUCGUCGCUCGGCCGAUUGGACAAUUCACCACCAAAGCAGACUAUCACUACCAGACUUUGCGCUGCAACGUCGAUCUCCUCAAGAUGAUCCAGCUCGGCAUUACUCUCUUCAAAUCUGAUGGGUCACUACCUCCCCCCGAUGCCGUCUCCUUAUCCAAGUCUCAGUUCCACCAAAACCUCAUUCCUACGCCUUGCACCUGGCAAUUCAACUUCAAGUUUUCCCUUGAGACAGACAUGUAUGCACGAGAAUCCACCCAGAUGUUGACAAAGGCGGGCAUCGAUUUCGACCGUCAUGCCAAACAUGGUAUAGAUCCUAAUGACUUUGGGGCUCUGCUCAUCAGUUCUGGCCUUGUGCUUGAACCUGAUGUGCAUUGGAUCUCCUUCCACUCCGCUUACGACUUUGGUUAUCUGAUGAAACUCAUGAUCUGCAAACCAUUGCCCGAAGAUGAGGCCCAGUUCCACAAAUAUCUCGAGAAAUUCUUCCCCUCGCUGUUCGACAUCAAAUUCAUCCUCAAGCAUACAGGAGUCAAGGGCACCGUGAACAACAACCAGCCACUCACUCAAGAAGCCACCAUGAUGGUUCAACGAAUCAUGACAAAGUCAGGUCUACAAGAUAUCGCAGAGGAGCUCGCCGUUGCCCGAAUUGGACAGGCUCAUCAAGCGGGUUCGGAUUCCUUACUGACGGGUCAAGUGUAUUUCAAAAUGAAGGAAAGGAUCUUUAACGGAACGAUAGAGGAAGAUCGUUAUCGGUCUCAAGUUUGGGGGCUCAAUGCGCAAAUGCCAAAUUCAAUGGCACCGCUCACUCGUGAUUUUAACACUCCCAACAUGAAUGGUGCCACAUUCUACACUCAGAAUGGCACACCUACGACACCACAAACUGGCAACAUCGGAAUGGCUGCUGGCCCGUCUCACACCCCUAUUCCAGCCCACAUGGGUAGUAUGACGCCUGGAGGAUUUGGUAAUUUUCAAUACCAGAAGGCGAUGAGCUAG